GUAAGUCCUUUGGCCAAAUAAUUACGGUGAAACCCGAAACUCUAAAACGACAAAUACAGUCUACUCCCGCUCUCUUCCUCUUUUCGAAUUAUUUACACUUCUCGCUUUGUAGGAUUACCUUUUCACUUGGAUUAUACAAAGUUCUACCAAUAAACUUGGUCGAUGGCUACCCUAACUCGGGGUUCCGGACUGGUGGAUCCGCUGGAGGGCUAUACAGGUCUAACCCUGUUUCCUCGAACACUUGCGUCGAUUCCAAACGCUCCAAGACCCUACGAUACUUACGAUGUUCAUCUCGUCCACAAUUUCCUCAAAUCCAUGACCUUACCAAGCCCCAAUAUGAUUGUGGAAGAGGUGGAAGCCGUUGUAGAUAGUUCAGGACUCCCUGCAUCUGAGAUCCCAAGUUACUUAACAUCAGAGGACAAAAAUGAGAAUUUUGCUGCAAAGGGCACUGAAAAUCCCCAAGAAUGAAGACCUGCAUUAGGUCGUAAGCGAGCUCGGUUUUCUUUGAAGCCUAACUCGAGGUAAAGCAGUCAACCUACUAUAAAUCUGGAAACUAGUUUGGACAUUGAUAAACUGAAAGAUCCAGAAGAGUUUUUCUUGGCUUUUGAAAAGCUUGAGAAUGCUAGAAAAGAGUUACAAAAACAAACUGGUGGUGAUUUGAUGGACUUGAAUCCACAAAAUCCGUCCAUGGCCGCCCGACCUCGUUGACCAGGACUUUUGAGGAGGUCAGUUAAAUACAAGCAUCGCUAUUCAGAUCUUCUGUCCUCUCAAGAAACCUUAGAAGAGAACAUUCUCAGUCCAUCCGGUUACAGUAUGCAGCAAGAAAUCAUCAUUCCAGAUGAUGCAUCACUGGAAAGGGAACCAGCUGAUGCAGCAUUUCAAGAAACAGAAUUUCCUGAUUCAAUAGCCAAGUCAGAAAAGAAGGUUAAUGAUCUCUUGGAUGAAUUACUUGGUGAUAAUUGUGGAGGGCUUGAUGGGGAUGAUUCAAUCUCCCUUUUGCAGAAGCACUUGCAAAUUAAACCCAUUGAACUAGAGAAAUUAUGUCUCCCAGAAUUGCAAUAUGUCCGAAGGAUUGAUUUAAAGGCUUCAGAAGCAAAGUUGCCCAAGCCUAGGCAUGUAUUAUCAGAUGUACAAAAUUUGUUAAAAGGAGUCAGCAGUAAAACACCUAAGAAGUGUAAACAGGCAGAAAGCCCUGUUCCUUUUUUAGCUUCUCCAACCCCUGCAAAGAGUCCAGUAAGCUCAAUAGUAUCACUGAAGAAACUCAUCUUGCAGUCAAAUCCACUUAGUGGUCCAUAUUCUGCUCAUGAUAUCAACCAAUCAACAGCUGGAAGUCUUCCUGCUUCUGAAAUUAUCAAAAAACAAGCUGAUCAGGUUAACAUGGAAAAGGAGUUGAGCACUUCUACUGAGUUGAAGUCUUCAAUGAUUAAAGAAAGUGACUUUGUGGCUACGAAUCUGGGUUUACCUCAUGGGACAACAGCAAGUGCUAUUCAUUCAGCUGAUAAAACAGUGAAUGAUUAUUUAAGUAGACUUGGUUCUGGAAUGGAUAUUGGCUCAGGCAGAUCUCAUGCAUAUGUGGAGAAUACAAAUAAUAGCAGUUGCAUGGAGAACAUUCGUGAGAUUUUGGAUAGGCCUGAUGUCGUUACAGAUCUUCAGACAACUAGCCCAAGUGAAUUGGAUGACAAGGUGCAUGAGAAAGAUACGCUGCAGGAAGCUAGAGACGUUCUACACCCAGAUCUCAAUGUGCAGAACUCUACUAUAGAAAAUUUGAACAUCACUCAGAAUCAAGAAACUCCUGCCGUAGUUGAAGACCAUGCAGCUGAUGGCCCCUCCAAUAUUGUAGACACUGAUCAAGAACAGCACAAAGAGAAAGCUCAAAUUGCUACUGAGGAGCCACUGAAUGAUCGAAGCAAAGUAAAAUCACAUCCACCCCAAAAAACUGAACGCAAAAAAGUUUCUCAUAGACAAAACCUUGCAGGUCAAUUAGAUCAGUUUGUAGUCGAAGAACAUGCAACUGAUGGGUCCUCCAAUACUGCCGAAACUGGUCCAGAACAGCAUAACAAGGGAAUUCUGUUUCCUGGGGAGCCACUGAAUGAGCAAAGCAAAGUAAUAUCUCGUCCAUGCAAAAAAAGUAGACAUGAAGAAAUAUCUCGUAGGCAAAGCCUUGCAGCCUCUGGUACAUCAUGGGAAACUGGAACAAGACGAAGCACCAGAAUUAAAUCAAGACCUCUGGAGUAUUGGAAAGGUGAAAGAUUUUUAUAUGGGCGCGUGCAUCAGAGUUUGACAACGGUAAUAGGAAUAAAAUACGUGUCUCCAGGAAGCAAUGACUGUAAACCUACCAUGAAGGUAAAGUCUUAUGUUUCUGAUCAAUACAAAGAUUUAGUUGAUCUAGCUGCCAGGUUUUGAGAUAAGUGUGAGUUAGUCUUCACGCUGACUGGGAAUACUUGGCUUCUUCCUGGAUUCUUGCAUGUUCUAUUUUCCAGGUACGGAUCAUUCUCUUGACUUUGUAGUAAAUCAAACAAGAUCAUCCUUUCUGACUAUUUGUCUAGUAACUUGAUUACUUGUUUGUGAACUUUCUGGCAAUCUUAUCUAAUUAAAAUUUGUUUCUCUAGUCA